AUGAAGUUCACCCAAAUUGCGCUGCUCAGCGCAGCAACCAUUGCGGUAGCUCAACCGCACAACCACGCUCACCACCACCAUGAGCGACGUGGUUCUCCCGUCGAAGGUCGCGAUGCUGUUGCUACUGUGAACGUUCCAGGUGCCAUCGAAACAGUCUUCGUACUCAAUGGUGUCCCAAUCAGCGGAUCCGAUGUUGAGGCCGGUAUCGCCUCGGGAAAGUACGUCCUUGUCAAUGGCCAGGUCUCAUCGAUUGCCUCGGUCGCUCCAGUUGAAACUCCAGCUGCUUCAAUCGCAUCAGCUACACCAUCGUCAGUAGCAGCACCAAGCUCUGUCCACGCCGCUGAAUUCAUCGAGAAAGCCAAGAGUACCCCAACUACAUCGUCCUCAGCGUAUGUUGCACCAACAUCCUCGGCACAGACAUCGUCUGUAUCAUCAGCAGCGACAUCAACUACAAAGGCCGCGUCCGCUUCGGCAACAUCUUCAGGAUCUAGCAGUUCCAGCAGCACCGGUUCUUGGCCAGAUUUUGAAUCCGGUUCUCUAUCCUGUUCGACAUUCCCUUCUAAGUAUGGUGCAGUUGCACUGGACUGGAUGAACAACGGAGGAUGGUCUGGUCUUCAGCACACACCUAACUUCAGUGGUGUAUUGGGCUCUGUUGGCGGACUUAUCGACCUUAUUUCAACGCCAAGCAGCUGCCAGGAAAACACUUUCUGCUCCUAUGCAUGCCCUGCGGGUUACCAGAAGUCCCAAUGGCCAGUAGAAAACCAAGGUUCCACGGCGCAAUCUGUCGGAGGUCUCUACUGCGACAGCAAUGGAAAGCUUCAACUCACCAAUACCGCUACCAAACAGCUCUGCAUUGCGGGUGCUGGCGGCGUGACAGUUGAGAGCACCGUAGGCAGCGUUAUCUCUGUCUGCCGUACUGAUUAUCCCGGAACUGAAGCAGAGACCGUUCCUUUGUCUCUCAACAACGGGGACAAGGGUAUUGAACUGUGCAACCCCGAUAAGGCGAAUUACUACAGCUGGGAGGGUGCAGGCACAUCAGCCCAAUACUACCUUAACCCUUCCGGCAGUGGACCAAGCGAAGCAUGCUGGUGGAAUGUGGCAGGAAGUGGUUUAGGCAACUACUCUCCCGUCAACUUGGGUACUGGUGCAACCGAUGGUCAGACCUACCUCUCCAUCUUUGGAAAUUACCCAACCCUUAGCGACUUUACAACAUGGACUCUCGACUACGACGUGACAUUCACUGUCGAUGGUACCGAAAGCCCAUGCAAAUAUAAAAACAAGACUUUCUACGACAUUAACGGUAACCCCACAGACCACACAGGUUGCACUGCGUUUAGGCUCCACUGGGACGUCUUUUGGUGCAUAGCUUUUUUUACACGCGCACCGGAACGAUCACGACUGUUACUUCUUUCCUCCGCUCCCAUUCCGAAGGACCUUGCUGUUGGUUCUGCUAUACUCGCCAACAACGAUAUGAUUGUCAUUAAUACUUGA